UGGGGCGAUCCUUUUGACUGUAGCGGUCAAGAUGUAAUUAUAUGCGUUACGGGUAAUCCAGGUGUUACAGACUUUUACAUAGAAUUUGGCACAGCACUACAUGAGAAUACUGGUCUGCCUGUUUGUGUUAUUGGUCAUGCUGGCCAUGAAGAAGUUCCAGACAAGAAAUCAAAUAUGCUGCAAGGUCAAGAAAAUUUAUUUAAUCUAGAAGGUCAAAUCGAACACAAGUUGGAUUUUAUCUACAAUUACGUUGAUAAGCGUAGUAACAUGCAUCUUAUAGGUCAUUCUAUCGGGUCAUGGAUGAUUCUAGAAGCAUUGCAAAAACAUAGUAAUUUAAUUAAUAGAAUUUCAUCAAUCAAUUUGUUAUUUCCUACUAUCCAACAUAUGGCAGAAACGAAGAAUGGUAUAUUUUUGAAUAAUUUCAUAAGGAAUUUUCAUACAAUUGCGUUGCGUUUUACAUUAGCUUAUAUGUUACCUAAUUAUAUCAAAUCACUUCUAAUUAAAAUCUAUUUAAAAUUUAAUUCUCUACCUUUACAUUACGAAGAAAGAAUUCAAAAAUAUUGCAAUCCAAGAGUCGGUGAGAAGGUGCUUUUUUUAGCUUAUGAUGAAAUGGACAAAGUAACAUCUUUAAACAAUUACAUAAUAGAAAAAAUUAAACACAUGACAAACAUUAUUUAUAGUAAUCAUGAUGGUUGGGUGCCAGUCAAAUAUAUGGAAGACCUAAAAUGUUAUCAACCUUAUCUUCAAAUGAAAGUAGUAAACAUUGACCAUGCCUUUGUUUUGAAGUCUGCAGAAAUUAUAGCCGAAAUGGUUUCAGACUAUAUUAAAUUAAAGCUUAAUAAAUAGUCUGGGCUAGACAUUACCAUAGAGUGAAUAUCGUGUUAGGGAAACUAGGUAAUUUAGAUAGGUGUAUAUGUUUAAAUAAAACGUGAAGUGGUUAUGUGUGGUUAAACACUCAUACAUACAGAGUAGUAUUUUGUGCAUACUGUCCACUUUUUUUAGUAGAGAAGGAAUUUGCUAAUAGGGGUAAUUGGGGAAAACUUGCACUUCGGGUAAUCUUUAUAGAUAUUAUGAUCAUACUAUGAAACACAGCUACAAAGUUGCUGAUUCAAGCUAGUUUUGUGCGACUGUGAACUGGCUCGUCGUAAGAGCCAAAACAUCAGCAGUAUGAGUCUACUUGUAUAAUAUCUUCCAUAAUAUAGAUAAUUUAAACCAUACAAAUGUAUUUAUUAUCUUAUUUUCUUUAGAUAUAAUGUUCGUAAUAAUUCUAUACUUAUCUGUCUUGACUAAGAAGCCGCCAUUAAUUGUAUUUAAAUACAAAUAUAGUUUUAUGUUGUAUUAUUUCUUCUAAAAAAAUUACCACCAUUUCAAAAAAUAUUCCCUUUUUCCAAUCCAUCGCUAAAAUGGACCAACCAGAACAAAGUUUUUUUUUAGAUAGUUACUAAUUACCGAAAUAAAAUUAUUGAACAGAUAUUUUCCCGCCGAUGUAUUUAUACGUGUGUUUGCCCACGUUGAAACGUCGGAAGUAACAUUAAUCAAACCGUUGUAAAGAUUCAUAUUGCUGCUUCAUAUUUUAGUAAUUUUUUGUUACGUAUCCGCUAUUAUUAUUAUGAGACAUUGGCGAAACCACCGAUAAAUAAACGAUGGAAGCCAUAAUAUAAAAGUUAAUUUAGAAAAUAUUGAUUAUAGAUUGAGGAAGAUUCAGGAGUCUCAAUCAAAAUAGGUUUUUAAAUUCAGAACGAGCGAUACAUUUUGAAGAACAUAUUCAAUAUAACAUGGACAAAGUAUCGGCCAUCGCCAAGCUGCGGGUACAGGAGCAUUUCUUUUAUGCAAAUAUUUUGACGCACCUUGUCUUGGUUUUAAAUUUACCCACAUGUUCUUGCACAAGUAAAAGGUAUACAUAUUAUAUUAGUCAGCAUAUGAAUUGUGUCAUAGUUGUAUAUCAUAUUUUGGAAUAUAAUGCCAGUAAGAAACAAUUGUUUUAGAUAUGUGCUCUUUAAUUUAAUAAAAUUACCUGUUAUAUUACAAGUCAGAGAUAAUUAUUAUUUUACAUGUUUUGUAAUAAUAAGUAAAUAACAGUUGAGACGACCACACAAGUUCAUCUCAUCUUAUUUAUUACAAUAAUUGAAAAUAAGUACAUACAAUCAAAAUGAAAGAAUAUAAAAUGAGUAUCUGAUAAACAAUAAUAAAAUUGUAAAUGGCACUGAAAAUAAAUAAACAAAAAGGUCAUCAACGGGUCAGCAUUUACAACAAAUGCCUGACACAAAUACAAUUUAAGUUAAUAAAACGCACACUUCGAGAAACUCGUUCAAUUAGGAAUCUAUCAUACAAGACAGCAGAUAGGUGUUUUAUAAUAGUUUUAAUAUUGAAAUGCCGUAACGAAAAUACAAGAAGAUACAAGUUUAAAAACUUGAAUUGAAAGUAAUAAUCCCAGACACAUAAGGUAUAAAAUGCUAUAAUUAUUGUAUUUCAUAAUGUGUACAAUAAAAUAAAUAGUAUCCAAUGGCAA